AUGAUUGAGACUUGUUCGAAACGAUGUAUGUUAUUAGGAACUGUUUGUAUGGGAAUCUUAACUAUCGUUGUGCUAAUCUUGGAGUCACACCUAGCAGAUACCUUAUCAGGAAAUCAAAGAAUGAAAAAUAAAACAUUUCCCAAAGAAGAAAAUUCAACAUGUUGGGUUCAUCAACCAUAUAAAAUCAUAAGUGAAUGUCACCCUUGUUCAGAUUUUGAAAUACGCAGUAAAAGUAUUGGCGUAUGUAUACACACCAGUUUUAAGGAGAUAUUAAAAUGUGAAAAUGGGGAAACAGUAACUCGCAGCUGUGACAGAGUGGCCUAUUUAGAGGAAAGAGCCUAUUGGAAGUUCACAAUAUGGUCAUUUGUGAUAGGUUCUGCUUCUUCAAUUGCUGUUAUGUUGAGAAUGAGGGUCCUCAACUAUCGAGCCAAGAGAAGGGCCAGACAAGUUCUUAGCAAUGGUUCUAUUUAG